AUGUCUCAGAUCCACCAUGCGUCUCUGGACCAGGAGCACCAGCAGCAGCCGGGCCAGUACAACCAGAUCUGCACCCGCAGCAGCAGCGGCUCCUGCGCGGCCCCCGCCGAGGGACAGGAGCCGUCCUGCCCCGGCCACAGGAGCCGCAACCCCCGCAGGAAGUGGCAGGUGUUCCCGGGAAGGAACCGGUUCUACUGCGGCGGAAGGAUCAUGAUGGCGAGACAGACCGGGGUCUUCUACCUGACCCUGGUCCUCAUUCUGCUCACCAGCGGCCUCUUCUUCACCUUCGACUGUCCCUUCCUGGCGUCCAACCUGACCCCGGCCAUCCCAGUGAUCGGCGGCGUCCUCUUCGUCUUCGUGAUGGGGAUGCUGUUCAGGGCGAGCUUCACCGACCCCGGCGUUCUGCCCCGAGCCACGCCGGACGAGGCCGCUGACCUGGAGAGGCAAAUUGACUCAGCAGGAUGCUCCAGACCGCCACCUCGCACCAGAGAGGUUCUCAUCAACGGACAGACGGUCAAACUGAAAUACUGCUUCACCUGCAAGAUCUUCAGACCUCCUCGAGCAUCACACUGCAGCCUGUGUGACAACUGUGUUGAGCGUUUCGACCAUCACUGUCCCUGGGUGGGGAACUGCGUCGGACGGAGGAACUACCGCUUCUUCUACCUGUUCAUACUCUCGCUCUCUUUCCUCACCAUCUUCAUCUUCGCUUUCGUCAUCACACACGUCAUCCUCAGAUCGAACCGGACGGGUUUCCUGAGCGCGCUCAAAGACAGCCCGGCCAGCGUCCUGGAGGUGGUGGUGUGUUUCUUCUCCGUCUGGUCGAUUGUUGGUCUGUCAGGGUUCCACACCUACCUGAUCAGCUCCAACCAGACCACCAACGAGGAUAUUAAAGGAUCCUGGUCCACCAAGCGAGGGAAGGAUAACUACAACCCCUACAGCUACGGUAACAUGCUGACGAAUUGCUGUGCUGCUCUGUGCGGACCUCUGCCCCCCAGUUUGAUUGACAGGAGAGGUCUGAUCCAGUCUGACUCACCGCAGACCGUCUCCCAGUCCAACGGGACUAGCGGCGGCAGCUACGCCCCCACUCAGCUCCGCAGUCACAUGUGCGAUCAGGAUCAGUGCAUCCAGAGCACCAAGUUUGUCCUCCAGGCUGCAGCCACCCCUCUGCUCCACAGUGACCCCGUGGUCCUGGCCCCUCUGCCGGGGAAGACCACCACACUGGGGGGCCCCUGCGCCUACCUGGCCCCAUCCCAGCCCUCCCUUCCGUCCUGUGGAGGAGACGUCCUGACCCUGAGGGACGCCGCCGCCGACUCCCACUGCGCCCACCACCUCCACCAUCAUCACCAUCACCACCACCACUUCGUCAGCCCGGAGGAGACGCCCUGCACCACGCCACAGGGCGCCCUGCCCUGCCCCGCCCACCUGCACCUCCACCCACACCUGCCUGUGCCCAGUCCCACCUCCCUGUACGACCCCGCCAGUCAGGACGCUCUUCAUGAGGACUCUGUCAGAGGGCUGGUUAAACUCAGCUCCGUCUGA